CAAAGGAUGAAUACUCUAUUGUUUAUUUGUUUAGCUGUUUAUUCAGCAACGGCUGUGUCGCUAAAACAUGUGGAUAACAAGUAUUCACGUUUUAUCAAAUAUUCAGACUAUGAUGGUGUUAUGCACACCGUGGAUUUGGAGGAGCAACUUGAUACUGAAUUAUUAGAUGAUUUCUUUAAAAAUCCUGACAAUAAUCGAUACCUGCUGUACACGAGAAAUAAUCCUGUGGUGUCUCAGACACUCCGACUUAAUAACACCAAUAGUAUAACUUUAUCGCAGUUCGACGCCAGGAAUCCAACUGUAGUCAUUGUUCACGGAUGGUUAAAUGACCAACACACUAAGUUAAAUAUAGUUCUCACUGAUGCAUUUCUUCGCAAAAGUAACGUGAAUGUUAUCGUUAUGGAAUGGAGAAGACUCGCUUUAUCCAAUUACGUAACUGCUACCGCUGGAGUGCCUGCGGUGGGUCGUAGACUCGGACAAUUCUUAGAAUUCCUUCAUAGUGUUACAGGAGCACCCUUCGAAACUAUGCAUAUUAUUGGCUUUAGUUUAGGCGCUCAUGUAGUUGGUAACGCUGGCAGAGAACUUGGCGGCAGAGUUGCACGCAUUACGGGUUUGGAUCCAGCAGGGCCCCUAUGGAAUCUCAAUUCCAAUCGUCUUAGAGCAUCCGAUGCUAUUUAUGUUGAAGCUAUGCAUACUGAUGGAGGAGUUCUUGGGCUAGGAAUUGGAUCAGCGGUGGCUGAUGCUGACUUCUUCCCUAAUGGUGGUACCUCUCAACCGGGUUGCUUAACAAGUCUAUGUCAUCACGAUCGUGCAUGGCAGUUAUUUGCUUCAAGCGUGACUUAUAAUCAUUUCUUAGGUAGAGAGUGCUCAAACAUGCUUCAAGUGUCCUUAAAUAAUUGUCGUGGUCAAAUUUUAAACAUGGGCAAUGAUGACUUAAGCAAGAAAGGCUCGGGGUUAUACAGACUAAAUACGCAAAGAAGUUAUCCUUACUAAGCUGUAAUAUUUCGAGAUUUUCCAUCUUUGUAAAUAACAAUAAAGUAU